AUGCUCGCAAUCCGGGGCGCCGCUCCCUGCGCCAACGCCGCCGUCCCCUCCCGGCUGCGCUGUGGACGGGCAGUAGACCUGCUUUUUCCGGCCGCUUGGCCACCUUGUCUUCCCUCUCCCCGGGUCAGCUCGGCCAGAUGGUGCGCUGGUGAGAGAAGUAUGCCGGAGGGGGGAUGGGAGGACGAGGGUAUGACGGGGGAAGGAGCCGCCGCUGUAAGGAGCACCGACUUGGUCGAUAGGGAGUACGGGGAACUCAAGCUCAAGGAGAAGCUCGGUCAUGUUUGUUCUCUUACUCAUCCGGAGAGAUGAUUGUUUGAUGUUUACCACCCAGGCUGCGGCCGCACAACAUCUCCUUCAUUUCUGCUGGUGUGCCGUUGCUCGAAUCAAAAGAGUUUUCUUUGCUUGCUUUUGAUCACUGAGGAGGCAGCUGGCCUCUGUGUGCCGCUGUCUGCUCUCAAUGUCGGGCUUCCCUUUCAUAGACAACACGAAUGACGACCUUUAUCUACAAUUUAUAACAUCUUCGUUAUAUUUUCUUUGGUAGAAUUGUGGAACCAGUUUUCAGCUCCUGAUUCUCUCGUUGGGUCCUCGCAGAUGCUUUAGAUAACCAAAUAUGGAACUUUCUUUCAUCUUACUAAAUUGUGCCUGCUGCCGAUCAAUUAGUCUCUUUUUUUCUGAGUUUUCUUCCAUGACUUACGUGGACGACCUCCUAGUUCACUCUUGGAGUUACUCCAUUUUUUUUAUUUUUCCCAUGCAGACUGCAAAUCAACGAUAUACCUUUUGAUAAUUUAUGAAUUUAUUUAUUUAUCCUAAAUUUAUCUCAAGAAUCUGAUUACCAUGUUGCUAACUCGUCUUUGUUCGCAGCUGGGUCAUGUCCGCAUUCGGCAGCAUGUGAACCCCCUUAGCUCCGCUUUCUCCGUAAUCAUCUUGUUCCCACGAUUUAUUCCUCUCGUUCGCAUCAAGUAGUUGAUUUGGUGACUAAUGUUAAAUCCGCAGACUCCUGCACCAUUACCCAAUUGGAAGGAGGUCUUCAGAGAUCCAACGCUGCCCUUGAUGGUUGAUAUUGGCAGUGGUGAGGAAUCAUUUUGCGAAUCUACCUAAUUAAUUUUUUUUGCUGUACUGAGGAUUCGAUAUUUUUUCCCUCUGUUUUCUUUUAGUUUUUAUGAAGCUUCUCUUCGAGAUAUACCCUAAGAUGAAUCGAUUUUGUUUAAUUAUCUGGGCUUAGUUUUUGGCCACAGCUCAGAUGGGUGGUAUGGUGACUCUGUCAUAUUUAUGAGCUUGAUUGUUUCUAUAUGGCUUGAAAUUUUCUGUUACAUUGCAAUGUGCAACAUUUUGGUGCCUCAUAUUUUUCUGUGGAAAAACGUGGGUUUUAUUACCCAGGAGAUGGGAAAAAAAGAUAUGGGAUUACUAGUGAUGGGACAGCUUUGCCAGUCUGGACUAGUGAGCGUUCAUGUCCCCCCCAAAAGACAGAUGGAGGGAGCCAGAUCGUUAACCGAAUGUUUCACUUGCUAUAAUCUUAGAUAUCCUACAGAACUUCAAGAAUAACAAAAGUACAGGUAACGAUCCUGCUGUAAUCGCUGUCAAUCAAGUUCGAGUCCAAUACAGACAGAUCAAGUUCUGCUGUAACUUGACGGGCUUGGAUAGAUCUCUGGAAUAUGUUAUUAUUUCAAUGUUGAGUUCUGAAUUCAAAAGCUUCCAUUCAUAUCUGGUCAAUCCAUUUCAGAUAUUGCCAUUUCUCUCUAUCAUUUAUGGGGGUAAUAUCCUUAGUUUUGGUAAUACACCCGGCUAACAAAUGAGAAUUUCCAGGUAGUGGCAGAUUUCUCAUCUGGCUUGCAAAAAACUCCCCUGAACGACAGAACUACUUGGGAUUGGAAAUACGUCAGAGAGUAUGGGACUAUACAUUCCUUUACCUCAGAUGUAUUGAUGAUUUCUGUUCUGUUUUAUCAUGCUUGUAAACAAUGUAACUUACCUGUCUGAUACAUGCUGCUCAUAUUUCAUUUCGUCGCCUGCAGUUGGUUGAACGGGCGCAAUUCUGGGUGAAGGAUUUGGCCCUUGGGAACAUGUUUGGGCUCGUUUACCUCGUAAAGCUGUAACUCUCAAUUUUAUAAUAUGCUUAUGAAUUCUGUUUUUGUUUGUCGUAGCGUGUUCCUGUUUGCAAAUGCCACAGUGUCCUUCGAUCAAUUGGUGACCUCUUAUCCUGGUCCCUUGGUGCUGGUUUCAAUCCUGGUGAGUUUACCAGUUGCACCCCUUUUGGUUGGAUAGCUAUUUAACUAUCAUGUAUGUUUCUUCAGAGCCUAGAACAGGAUAAACACUUGGAUUGUACUUAAGGAUCAAUGUUGGCUUUCUCCUUUGGCUAUAUCUAUAAUUUUGUUUCUCCGUGUUCCUAAUCUCAGUGCCCAGAUCCUCAUUUCAAGAGACGCCACCAGAAAAGAAGAGUCGUCGUUAAGCCAUUAGUGGAUUCCAUCUCAAGGAAUUUAAGUCCUGGUGGACAGGUAGGCCACUUAUGAUUUAUGAGAGCAAGGUGCUGAAUGGGUGUGCUUGUCUAUGCAUGAUCCUAUUCCUUUCAAACUAGAAAAAAUAUUUCAUAAGAUGAUAUAUAGUCUAUAUUUUGAAUGCAUCCAUAGAAUUGUGAUUGCCCCGAUGUUACUUCUGCUCCACUCCCUUUUGACGAAAAUUAGGAUGUUCCAUCCUGCAUUUAUGCUUAACUGUGCUUGUUCGGUGAAAUGGGUGAAUUUUGGGGGGAAUCGUUUUUAUCUAUUUUUAUUUGAUUUUGAAGUGAACUAAUUCUUUGAUGAAGUUAAAAUUCAAGAUAUUUCCAUAAAAGCAUUUCAUUCUGUUAUCCACAGGUUUUCCUGCAAUCAGAUGUGCUUGAAGUGGCCCGAGAGAUGAGAAAUCAAUUUGAUGCUCUCUCUAGCCUUUUCGAUCCCGUUGAUCUUUCUGACAAUGGGCAUAUUUCAUGCGAUGCUGAUGGAUGGCUCUUAAAUAAUCCAAUGGGCAUAAGAACUGAGAGGGAGAUACAUGCCGAAUCUGAAGGGGCAAGGGUGUUCAGAAGGGUGUAUAAAAAGAGGGAUCUUUCCUGCUCCCUUUAG